AUGAGAUCUGCCUCAAUCAGCAAUAGCAGCAACAUGAUGAAAGCGAGAUCAGAAUCUAUUUCAGCCAUUUCAACGCUCUCUUCCUUAUCUUCUUCUUCUUCUUCAGCAUCCAGAGGAUCCACACCUCACCACAAUUACAGCAUGUACGCCGACCAGCCUCGCAUCCCUAAUACAAGCGACUAUGAUGGCAGGUAUCCCGCUUCCCCUCCUCUACCACCAGCAGCCCCGCCUCAAACUACGCCUUCUCAUUCAUCCGAUUACUUGUCAUCACCUACGACUCGCUUCUAUCAUCCAAAUCACUCUACCGCGUCGCCCAUCUCCAGACAUGCACAGGGCUUUGAUUUCAGAAACAGCUAUGCCACUGAAGAAGAGCAACAAGAAGCCAUCGCCAUGAUGCGGCCUUCCUUAUCAGCAAAGGCAAACGCUUCCUCAAUGAGCGUAGUCAGAGAGCAACCUCUGUCUCUUCCUCUGCCACCAACACCUACACCUACACAGCAGCAGCAGCAACAACCGCAGCAAUUAACACCUGCAAAGACAUAUCCCAUGUUUCCACCUACAGAGGAAAUGAAGCUCAAAGCCAACAAAGCACUUUUAGAAUCAGAAACGUCCUUUCGAGUGCUCUAUGCAGGCGAUGCUGUAUACAAACCAGACAAGAAGAUACUCAGCAAAUCCAAGCGGGGCCAUUUCGUACUGACCAACAACCAACUGCUCUUGUACAAAUCAUCGCAAAAGGCACGCAGCGAAAUCAACUUUUUCGAGUUUUCAGGCACGCAAAGCAGCCACAGCAUCAGCAGCAAUAGCAGUAUCACGCAAGGCGCUGCUUCCAAGAUGAUUGAUAAAGACCGUGUAUUUCUUGAUUUAUCCAGUGUUUAUGCUGUGCAGCUGGUAGCUACCUCGCUGUAUACGUUUCGCAUUGAAUACUUUCAUCCGCAAUCUGGACAAGCCCUGUCGCAUACACUGACAGCUGAUAACGAGCGAGAGGCCAGGCAAUGGGUUCAAACACUGCGAAAGGCUGUCUGCGUACACCAUCCUCGCAUUGACAGCAUAUCAGGCACAGAAAAAUACGCCGUGCUGGAUCGCAUGGCCAAGCAGAGCGAUACGUUCAGUAACUCGGAUCAAGUCAAGAUGUACAAGGUGGUGUUUAAAGAAAAGAGGUACAAGAUUGCAGGUGGAGACCAGCCCAAAGAAGUGUUCUUGCCUGUGAUUAUGGCGAUUGGCAAGUUCAGCUUUUACUUUCUGCCUAUUUCUGUGCUGGACGACGAGUAUCUCAAGACGGUGGAGCGAGAUCGGUUUGGUGUGCUGUCUAUUCACUCCAUUCGUUAUGACAAUGCAGAUGAUACAGUGGUGAUUGAUGUCAAGCAGGUGGGAAAGAGCAACCGACAACUGGCCUUUGCCUCUACGUUUUGCGAGGAGAUUAUCCAGUAUCUGUAUCGCUCCAUCGAAUCAAUUAUCCCAGGAAUGGCAUCAUCGCUGUAUGACAAGAUGCCAAAUCACAUCAAGUAUGCGCAGGUGGUGCCUUACGUGGUGCCACUGGACCCUGAGGAUGAGAUGACGGGACAUGACGAUGAACAAGUGCAUCGAUUCAACUCUACUUUGCGUGCCUACACGGCUGCUAUGAACAUGAACAAGUCUCGCUUCAAUUUCACGAUCACGGGCCCUUUGAAAGCCAAGUCCUUUACUUUGCUGCCACCUCAUGAAGUAGGCGGCACACCUCCAAAGUAUGAAAAGUACGAACUGCUGGCCAUUCUUCGUACAAUUCAAUCCAAUAAUAUCUUUGUGGAGGUUUGCUUGGCUCACUGUCCUCUGGACGAAUUGGAGACAUGGACUGCACAACCCAAUCAUGGCUGGACAUUUGUAAAGAACCAUCCUCUCAACGACAAGAAUCUGCUCUCCAACGAGAUUUACAACAUUCUGACAAGCCUCAAACUGUUGCGCAAACUGGAUCUCACUGACUGCUCCAUUGGCAAGUCAUCGCCUGCGGAAGACCCCAUGCGAAGACACUCUGCUAUUGCCACCAUUGGCACCGUGAUGCGAUCUGGUAAAACACAGCUGAGCAGAAUCAGCGUCGGCAAGAACAAGCUGACUGAAGCUGAUUUGAGCAAACUGAUGAACGGCAUCAAGGAGCACAAAAAGUCGAUCAAGGAGUUGUAUCUCAACGACUGUGGCCUGGAGAAGGACAUGAUUGAAAUGGUGCUUCGUACCCUGUUUGAAAAGAACCCGGAUCAAAUCAUCAGUUUAGAUUUGUCUUCCAAGCUGAGCAACGGCAUGGCCAUUGAUCCUGCUUUAGUGGAAAAGAUGGUGAUCCACUUUAAGCGACUAGAAAUCCUACGCAUGAGAGGACACAAUCUACUCGGUGCCAACUACACAUUUUUGCUGGAAUCCAGUCGUCUGCGAGAACUGGAUUUAGGCGGGUCAAAGAUGAACAGUGAUAUCGUUGCUCGACUCUGCAAGUGGAUCCAGACACCCUCUUUCAACUGCAUCGAGUCGCUGCACCUAGCUGAUUGUAACCUGAACGGCAAGAAUGUGUACGACAUUUUGGUGAGCAUCAGCCAGUCUGGCAAUCGAUCCAUGCAUCUGAACUUGGCACAGAAUCCCAUCAUGAAGGAGGUCAUGCAUCUGCCCAAGCUACACUCUGCUAUACUGCAAGGAGAAGGCCCCAAGUCCAUCUCGUUUGCCCGCAUUGAAUGGGAUGACUCUACGCUGCGUGAAUUCAUCGACUGCCUCAGAGACAACCAGACCAUCACUCAUCUUAACCUCUCUGAUAUCACUAUGCGCGACACGGAUGAGAUAUCAGAGGACACUGUCCGCAUGCUUACCUCUUUGUUUGAGCGCAAUACGUGUCUGACUGAACUGGAGCUCAACUUUGACCACAACAAGGUCGCCCGUUCGCCCCUGUCGGCUUUCCAGCCAAGAUCGUUGAUCUGCAAUGCCAUUGUGCAAGCUCUGCCUGGUCUCCGCCACAACGCGUCGCUUCAGUAUCUGGACAUUUCCAACCUGUACAUUGAAGAUGCCGGUGCCUUUGCCCUCGCUCGUGUGCUCAAGACAAACAAGCGCCUGCAAUCCAUUAUUCUCGAGGACAACAAUAUUUCCAUUGACGGCUACAGAAGCUUAACCAAAGUCAUUGAAGAAAGCGCCACACAGGUCAUCAACAUUCCCAUUCCUCGCAAAGAUUUGCGUUCUCAAUUGAGCUACCUGGUAUUCCGCAUUGAAGAACUCAUCAUCUCUGAAAACGAAGCCCAAUUCUUUUUGAUCCAUACCACGGCAAGCGACAAGAAAAAGUCCAAGAAGCAUGAAUUGGAAAUGAUUGCUCAGGAACGAAAGAAAUGCGAGAUGGCUCUGCAAAACUUUGAAAGCGUGAUCCAUGCUCUGAUGGUGGCCGUGCGCAAGAACAUGAGAGAAGUCGAGGAGCAAAACUACCGUAAUAUGGAGUUCCAGAUGCAAGCUCAGACAGCUGCUCAAGAACUCGCCAUUGCGCAAGUGCGUCUGCAAGGCGCCCGAUCUCCGAGUGGGAUGAGUGGCACCAAUUUGAGCGCUGUAGGCGUUGUGUCUCGGGCAAGAAAUGCAAGCAGCAGUAAUGCAAGCACCACCAGUAGUACCAAUAGCAGCGUGUAUGGAUCGUUGUCAAGAAGUGCUAGUAGAAACACCUAUCAAGGAAACAGUAGAAGAUCCGUGUUUGGCUCUGAUUACUCGCUCAACAGCGGCAUGGUAUCCCCCACUCCAUUUACCGCGCAUGGCAACUACAAUGACACUAGAAUGUACAGAAGCCCCAGUAACAACAUUCACGAAGAACCUCAUAUGCUGGGUAAACCUCAUUCCUACGAUGGCAACAUGAUGGUGCAAUCUCCCGUGACACCGGCCUUGGAAUACAGCGAUCCUUAUUAUAAAUAUCAUGGCUCUGACUAUGCUGAAUCAUUGUCUACCAGUGGUAAUUUCAAUCCCUAUUCUCUUCAACACCAUUCACAACAACAACAACAACAACAACAGCAACAGGGACAGCAGUCCAUGAUGGCAUUGGAUAAUACAAGCUAUGCUGGCAUAGAUGAUCCUGGGUUCAUUAGUGAUUUUGGCUAUGUGGAUGAUUUUGAACAAGGCAUGAUGAUUGAUCCUCACUACCUGGUCCAUCAUCGCAACUCUGGAGCCUCUUCUUCCAACAACUGUCGUGAGUCUAUCUGGAAUGAGGAGCAAAUUGCUCAGCGACUUCAACGUGGGCUCUAUUUACCACCGGAUGAGAGAGAUUAG